AUGGAUAGGCUAAAAUUGAAUACGAAGGCUCUGCUGGGUAUGGCGACGCGCACCGUUGAUCAGGACCAUGGCAUGCGGCAUACGUGCGUCAAGUCAUUUAGCCAGGCUAUUCUUCAGUACGAAAAUGCAAUGACCAAAUUUGUUGCAGCCUUGACGACAUUAUCAAAUUCGAUAGAAGGCGUGGAAAAGGCGUACAAAGAUAUUAUUGUUAACGAAAAACAAGUUUCUGUUAUUGACGGUAUGAAAGAAAUAGUUACUCGUCUCGAAGAUGUUCGCUUAACCGUUUUCGCCGAAUCUGUGGAAGCAUUCAAGACAACGGUUGCUCCGUCCUUGUCUAUACUUAAGGGUGAAUGUGAUACAUGCGAUCGGAUUCAUAUUGAACGAGCCAAGGCUGUUGAUUUGUAUGACUAUCAUCGGGAUGUAGUGGAGAAGAAGGAGGUACAAUACGCGUCGAAGGGCAAAUCGCUGGAUGAUUCGAAACAUUACAAGGAAGAAGUGAGCAAACGUGAUGCAGCAAAUGAUGAGUAUCAAAUGAAACAUACAGAGUACAACAAAGCAUAUGAUCAACUAAUGUGGAGAAAGUCCGAGCUUACGUCACUUUCUGCGAAAUUGUAUCUACAUUGUUUUUCUGAUCUUUCAGAAAAGCUAAAUCGUGAAACAGUUCACAUGUGCUCUAUCCUUGAUGACAUUUCGAUAACGCCGAUGAAUGAUGAGGAAACUAGAACCUUGUUUUCACGCGAGGUGUCUCCCCCUGUUGACGCUCCUGAAUAUGACGCUAAGGAGGAGCCCAGUGAAAAUGGGGACUCUAGCCCCCUGGUAGGAAAUGAAACUUCGGUUGGGCAACCCCUCGCGACCGAAUACGAGGCGGUUAACGGCAAUCCCGAAGCAGUUCUUGUUACUGAGAAGAAAUAG